AUGUCAACUAAUUCCAUUAAAUUAUUGGCAAGUGAUGUCCAUCGUGGACUUGCUGAAUUAGUCGCCAAGCGUUUAGGAAUUAGACUUACACCAUCUGAGUUAAAGAGAGAUUCUACUGGAGAAGUACAAUUUUCUAUUGGAGAAUCAGUUAGAGAUGAAGAUAUAUUUAUUAUUUGUCAAAUUGGGUCAGGAGUGGUUAAUGAUAGAGUUAUUGAAUUAUUAAUUAUGAUUAAUGCUUGUAGAACUGCAAGUGCUAGAAGAAUAACUGUAAUACUACCAAAUUUCCCCUAUGCCAGACAAGAUAGGAAAGAUAAAUCUCGAGCUCCAAUUACUGCUAAAUUAAUGGCUGAUAUGUUAACAACAGCAGGUUGUCAUCAUGUUAUUACAAUGGAUUUACAUGCUUCUCAAAUACAGGGUUUCUUUGAUGUACCAGUUGAUAAUUUAUAUGCUGAACCAAGUGUAGUUAGAUAUAUUAAAGAAAAGAUUAAUUAUCAAGAUGCUAUUAUUAUUUCUCCUGAUGCUGGUGGUGCAAAAAGAGCUGCUGGAUUAGCAGAUAGACUUGAUUUAAAUUUUGCUUUAAUUCAUAAAGAAAGAGCUAGAGCUAAUGAAGUAUCAAGAAUGGUAUUAGUAGGUGAUGUAUCAGAUAAGAUUUGUGUUAUUGUUGAUGAUAUGGCUGAUACUUGUGGUACUUUAGCUAAAGCUGCUGAAGUUCUUUUAGAUAAUGGAGCUAAAGAAGUCAUUGCCAUUGUUACUCAUGGAAUCUUAUCUGGUAAUGCCAUUAAUAAUAUUAAUAACUCUAAAUUAACUAAAGUUGUAUGUACAAAUACUGUACCAUUCGAAGAUAAAUUGAAAUUAUGUCCAAAAUUAGAUACUGUCGACGUUUCAGCCGUUCUAGCAGAAGCCGUUAGAAGAUUACAUAACGGUGAAAGUAUAUCGUACUUAUUUAAAAACGCUCCUUUGUAG